AUGGUUCAGCCUAAUAACUCAGCAGAAGGUGAAGGAAGCAUUCAUUUGCAGAUUGAUGGGCUCCACAGGCUCAAUGAAGCCAGAAGUGCAGACAACACAAUCUUUGAACCUCAGAGCAGUAUUGAGAAAAGAGACAGUAGCUCUGCAACUUCUGUGGGUCCAACAACACCAGCACCAGAAAAGAAGCUAACCCUUUUCGCUCUCCGGCUAGCUGUGCUCGAAAAAGCAGCAACCGGCCUUGGAACUCUGGGUUUCAUCUGGGCAACAGUUGGGACUAGGAUAUUCAGCAGAAGCCAUGAACUUGAAUGGCAACACCAAGCCACUUGGUCUAUUGCUGAUGCCGGGAUCAACAGUUUUCGUGCAUUGAAAAUCAGCUCAAGCUUCAUAAUUGAGAACAUAAAAGCAAUUUUCAAGCCUGUUCUUGCAGUUAGGAAGCAAAGUCAACGCAGCAGAGACUUUGCAAGGACUAUUGAUUCAAUCACUACCAGAAAUUCUGAUCUUCAAGGGAAGAUAGUUCGGACUUGGACGAGCUCAGAAGUCCCUCUGCUACCAUAUGCUCAAUGGAUUUUUCGCGCGAGGCAUAUCAGUAAGAUGCUCUAUUGGCUCCAGCUUCUCUCAGCAUCAGCUUGUGUUGCUCUCUCAUUAAUGAAGCUCAUCAAGCGCAACUAUGCUUAUAGUGAGUUUAUGAUAAGCUAUUGUAAUCUACUGGAUGAGGUAAGCAAGGAGUGUGAUUUGGGGCCUUCAGGUUUAGUUUCAAUUAAAAGGUUCUUCUAUGAUGCCUAUUCAAGAUGUGUCAAUGGAAGCAUUUUUGAUGGCUUGAAGAUGGAUAUGGUUACUUUCGCCAUGGAAUUAUUGGCUUCAAAUUCCUCAGAUGAGCAGCUUAUAGGAGCUAAAAUUCUUCGCCAAUUUGCAAUGAAGCAGCAGUAUUCAGAUGAUACCUUACAGAAGAUUGGUAUAAAUAUAUCAGUGAUAGAAAGAUUGGUUGAGAUACUGAAUUGGACAGAUCAAGAAGAAGAGGAAAUCCGACGAUCAGCUGCAGAAAUAUUGUCGAAAUUGGCUGGCAAAAAGCAGAACUCCAUCCGGAUAGCUGGAGUUCCUGGUGCAAUGGAAUCCAUUUCAUCUCUGCUCCAAACCUGCAGAAGCUCAAGUGGUGCAUCUGAUGAAAUCAGUGAAAAGAGAAUCAUUUCUGACUAUGCACACUAUGGAUUCUUGACAUUCAAUCAUUUAGGAUUGCUUAUUCUGAAGAAACUUGCCCGUGACCACGACAACUGUGGAAAGAUUGGAAGCACAAGGGGCCUCCUACCAAAAAUCAUCGAUUUUACACAUGCUGAAGAGAGGUUUCUGAAGGAAGAACAUGGUACACCAGAUGAUCAGAUAAUGACACUGAAACGCUCCCUGCAAUUGGUGAAGAGGCUUGCAAGCACAACAGGCAAUACAGGAAAGAAUCUAAGGAGAAAUCUUUCGGAGAUAGUUUUCACAAUCAGCAAUAUCAGAGAUAUUCUGAGAUAUGGGGAGAAACAGCCAAUGCUACAACAAUUGGGCAUUGAAAUCUUAACCGGUCUAGCACUGGAAGAGGAUGCAACUGAGAGAGUAGGUGGAACAGGUGGAGUUCUUAAGGAGUUGUUCAACAUUUUCCUUAACAAGGGAAUGCUAGAGAAUGACAAACAAGUAAUAACUAAAGCUGGAGAAGCUCUAGCCAUGCUGGCAUUAGAGAGCAAGAAUAACUGUCAGCGUAUCUUAAAACUGGGGGUACUGGAAAGCCUUGUCCAAGCUCUAGAGGUUCGAUUGGUUCGUGUGAAUGCUGCUAGAAUCCUAAGGAAUUUGUGCACUUACAGUGGCUCAAACUGUUUCCACCAGCUAAAAGGGAUAACGAAUGCAACGCCUAUAGUGCUCAAGGCAAUUAUGUCAGAAGAACACAAACUCCAGGAAGUAAUGGUUGGACUAGCUGCACAUGUUUUAGCAUUCUUGUCUCCAGAAGAAUCAAGCCUCAUGUUUAACAAAGCUGAAAUUACUGAAGCAGAGGUAGCUAAUGAGUUAGUCCAGAUUCUGAAGAAGUACAGGCAUCCACCAAUUAAAGUUCCAAGAAUAAGGAGGUUUGCCAUAGAGCUGGCAAUUUGGAUGAUGGAAGACAAACCAACAAAUGUUCAAAUUUUCAAGGAUUUCGGGAUGGAGAAGGAGCUGGAGUUUGUGCUAGAGACCACUGCAGAGCUUGAAAGCUUCAACAUUUUCUCUGGUACUGUAGGAAUGAGCAGGCACAGCACAACAAUCCACUCACUGGUAGAGACUGCAUUGAGGCUGCUAGCUGAUGGGUAA